AUGAGGAUGAGGAACCUCCCGUACCCAGCCGAAAAGGUCUGGGUGGACAAGCACAAGUAUGACGAAGCAGAGCGUCUGCACUACGAACGAGAAGCAACGCUGGCAGCCUCAGCCCCAGAAAGAUGCCCGGAAGUGGAAGUAGAGGUGGAGGCGGUGAACGGGGUGUGCCAUGAAGAUUCGUCGGAGAGCGACUUGAAAGGAGACCUGAAAAGAGCCAGAAAUGGGAAGAAGCAAAAGAAAAGGAAGCGCUCGCCAAAAGCAAAGAGCUCCGUCUCCAAGGUAGACUUUGUGCUGACGGGUCUAUUAGCCGAUCGCGUGUGGUUCGAGAAGCCUUUCUUUGAUCGUGCUGAAAACGCGUACAGAAAGAAACUCGCGGAUGACUUCAGCCGGGCGGCUUCGGAGACGGAGCUGGCUGUUGAGCCGUCCGCGUUGGCGCCCUGGGCAGAGGCUGUCCAGGAAGUUUCUACAGGCAGGAGAAACCUGGCCGCCUUGCUCUGCACCCAUGGCAGCCUGAUUGCUUGUCAUCACAUCAUUCAGGACAUCUGGAUCAACAAGUUUGACUUUGAUGAUGCCGAGAAAGCGUUUGUUGAAAGGUCUCAGUCUUUUGUUCCUCCGCACUUCCUAGACCUCCGAUCGAACAGCGGCACUAGUAACACGGGGCAAAGAACGCCAGACGAAGGCUACGUUACAGCCUUGCCUACCCCUGCCACGCCAGGCCUGCCUGCAGAUGUGGCUCCAGCUGCCUCUUUCGUCAGCCACUUACCCAGUCCUGGACACCAGUCCGUAAACGGGAAGCCGCUGAUGUCAAGCCUGCAGGCUUUGAUGUCGGAGGUGUGGCUGGAGAAACCGCUUUACGACGACGCCGAGAAGUGCUUCUACGAGAACAUGUUUGAUGGGCAUCCUCCUGGAAAAGUGAGGCCGCAGGAACGGGGCCGCCCGGAGGCCUUGAAGCAGAGCCGGAAGGAUAAGAAAAGCGGUAGCAUUGGGAAACGAGCAGGGGUCAAACGCAUGGAGAUCGCCGCCAACUCUUCCCUUCCUAGAGAUGCCAAACAACCUUCCCCAACCCGGUUCCUGCUGCAUGAGGACAGCGAGUCUUUGUGGCUUAAUAAACCCGCCUACGACAGUGCCGAGGCACGAUACUACGCGUCCGAGGCCUCGAGAAUGGCGAGCAAAGAGGAGGAAGCGCGGGUCCAUGAGUGCACGCUACCCAAACCGUCUCGACUUGCACCCGGUGCCUCAAGCUCACCCGCAACAGAAAUUAAAGAAAUGGCAGCCAACUUCCUCAUGCACGAGAAGAUCUGGUUUGAUAAGUACAAGUAUGACGAUGCUGAGCGGAGAUACUACGAGCAGAUUAACGGACCGGUUGCCAGCUCUUCAUGCCAGCAGGAGAACGGAGCCAGCACGAUCCUACGUGACAUUGCCAGAGCCAGGGAGAAUAUCCAGAAGUCACUGGCCGGACACAAGACAGGUCUGGAUAGCCACAAAGAAGCGUCACCCGCCCGCCGCAAGAGGCAGUCAGGUCGCCCAACUAGUGCAAGCACAACCUCUGCCGCUGGCCCCAGCGGUGACCAAAGUGAGCUCAUCUCCCGGAUUUCCAGCCUGGAGUUAGAAAACAGAAACCUUCGCAGCGUUGUUGCAGAUCUCCAGCACGCUAUCUCCAAGCUGGAAAGUCGCCUGAGCACCCUAGAAAGAAGCUCUACUUCUCACCAGUCCUCAGCACCACUACCAACCCAGCAUGUCACCCCCAUGAAGAAGGUGGAACCACUGUCUGUUUCCUCCAAGAAAGUGGAGCUGCCUUCUGCACCACCUGCAAGGAAAACUGCUGAGCCCGCUGCUGCUGAUGAGGAUGAGGACGAUGAUGACAUCGACCUCUUUGGCAGCGAUGAUGAAGAGGAAGACCAGGAGGCUGCCAUGGUCCGGGAAGAGCGACUGCGCCAGUAUGCAGAAAAGAAAUCCAAGAAGCCGGGUCUCAUUGCCAAGUCUUCCAUCCUCCUGGAUGUCAAGCCUUGGGAUGACGAAACGGACAUGGCGAAAAUGGAGGAGUGCGUGCGCUCCGUUCAGAUGGACGGCCUGGUGUGGGGAGCCUCCAAGCUGGUGCCGGUCGGCUACGGCAUUAAGAAGCUCCAGAUCCAGUGUGUGGUGGAAGAUGACAAGGUUGGGACAGACAUACUGGAGGAGGAGAUCACCAAGUUUGAAGACUAUGUCCAGAGCGUCGACAUUGCUGCUUUCAACAAGAUCUAAGAGCAAACCUUUAUCCUUUCUGAAACCGGCACGAAUAAAGAUCAAGGUUUCGAGUGCA